CUGAUGAAAUCCUGCAGUUUAUUCGUGACUCAAAUAGGAAUAUAAAAAUAAACCUUUUGUUUCAUGUUUUAAAAAUAGAAAGAUCAAACUUCACGUUUUUUUCUCAAUGCAUGACACAGAGGGAGUUAAGACCGCGCGGCGCGUCCACGAGCGCUCACCUGCAGCAGGGUGUCGCGCGCACAGUGAGGUGGAGGAAAGGGGCUGCGCGCUCCCGUCUACAGCCACGCUGCCCGGUUACAGCGCGGCGCGCGCAUUGAACCCGCACGCUCGUUUAAGGGCGGAUCGGGUCUGACCGGGAGUGUUCGGUUCAUCCAGGGCUUUGUUGCACGCAGCUGAAUCAUCUCCGCUGGGAUGGACGCGAGCGUCUGAACGCGACGAGUCUUGCGGAAUAAACGCUGAUGUAAAGGAUGCUGUCCGUGCGCCCGGUAAACGCGAGGCGGGGAGAGCGGCGUGUCCACGCGGGCUGAUGACAAUAGCGAAUAAAGAGGACGAUAGAAAAAAAGGAAAAAGAAAGAACGUUUGCGAAGUCGGUCACCGGGAAGAAGGACAAUGUCUCUCAGCAGGAGCAUCGAGCUCGAGCACUUCGACGAGCGGGACAGGGCGCGGCGCUCCAAGCGCGCGGCGGGUUCGGGCUCACGGGCGAGCAGUCUGGUCCCGAGCCCCGCGCACAGCGCCAACUGCAGCUUCUACCGCACGCGCACGCUCCAGGCGCUCAGCUCCGAGAAGCGAGCCAAGAAGGUUCGGUUCUACCGGAACGGAGACCGCUACUUCAAGGGUCUGGUGUACGCGGUGUCCGUCGACCGCUUCAGGUCCCUGGACGCGCUGCUGGCCGAGCUGACGCGCGCGCUCGCCGACAACCUGCACCUGCCGCAAGGUGUGCGCAACAUCUACAGCGCGGACGGCGCGAGGAGGAUCGCGAGCCUCGAGGAGAUCGUGGAAGGUGAGAGUUACGUCUGCGCCUCCAACGAACCCUACAGGAAGGUGGAGUACACCAAGAACGUCAACCCCAACUGGGGCUCGCGGCUGGCGGGGGCGGGGCCUGUCCCGGGGGCGGGGCCGGUGGGCGGAGCCGGGCGUCAUGGGCCUCAAUCGAGGGAGCCCAAAGACUUCAUCAAACCCAAACUGGUGACGGUGAUCCGGAGCGGCGUGAAGCCCAGGAAGGCCGUGAGGAUCCUGCUGAAUAAGAAAACAGCGCAUUCGUUCGAGCAGGUGCUCACAGACAUCACCGAAGCCAUCAAACUGGACUCCGGCGUCGUGAAGAGACUCUACACACUGGACGGGAAACAGGUACAGCUGCCAGAAUAUACAACAGGAGCACAGAUCCCCAAUACUUCUGAUAAUCAAUCAGACGGGAUCAUCAAUACUCAUCUAUUAGUAAUGCGUCCUGUUCAUUGA